AUCCCAUGUUGAAUGUGUGGUAAGAGUUGCAAUAUCUGUGUUGAGUUCAACAGCUGAAGUUUUAUUUGUUCCUGAGUCCUCUGUUUUCUUUCUUUCUAUCCAACUCUGAGAUAAGAUGGAAGAACAAUACAAGCCUCCCACACCUAAGCUUGCCUUCCACAGCGAUAAAAGUUAUCAUUUGUUUUCUGAGCUUCAGGGGACCAGAUGUCAGAAAGACUCUGGUUAAUGAUCUCUUUCAGGCUCUUUCUGCAGCAGGACUCAAUGUCUUCAUUGACUCUGAGAAAUUGGAAAAGGGUGAAAUAAUUGAUGUGAGCUUGGAAAGAGCAAUCGAGAGGAGUGUCAUACGUAUUCCUAUAUUCUCCAAAGGCUAUGCAUACUCAGUCUGGUGUCUCAAGGAGGCCGCUGCAAUGUUGAGGACCCCUGCAUUGAUAAUCCCCCUCUUUUAUGGUGUGGAUCCAACUCAGGUUAGAUAUCCUUUAAAGGAGUCCAGUCCCUACAACCAGUCAUUUCUGAAACAUUAUGGGCAUUCAGAUCGGUAAAAAAGAGAAGAGGUAGAGGGGUGGAAGGAUGCCCUUCUGGAGAUCUGUAAACGCUCAGGCUGGUCCAUCGAUCCAACUCAACAAGGCUACGAAGCUUGGCUGGUAAAAACCGUUGUGAACGACCUCAUCAAAACAUUGGAUAGAGUGCCGUUAGAAGUCGCGGAGCAUCCAGUUGGAAUAGAUAGCCUGAAGAAUCUUCUCAUUCAGAAAUUGGAUCUCAAUGCAAUGGAAAAGGUGCUUAAACUUGGCAUAUGGGGAAUUAGUGGCAUUGGCAAGACCACAAUUGCCAAGGCAGUCUAUAAUCAAAUUUAUGUUGGUUUCGAAGCUGCAUCUUUUGUAUCCAAUGUCCGUGCCACUGCUACAGAGGCCACAGGCCUUACAAAACUGCAGAAACAAAUUCUCAAAGAUUUAAUCAAUUAUGGUGAAGAAGUGGACGAUGUUGACAAGGGCAAAUCUUUGUUCAGAGAUCGUCUGGGAGGAAGACGUGUGCUGCUAAUUUUGGAUGAUGUGGAUGAUCGUGUGCACUUGAAAGCUUUGGUUGGAGAUUGGCUGGGCCCAGGGAGCAGAGCCAUUAUAACUUCUAGAAACCAACAUAUUCUGAAUGUUGCUCGGGCUGACUGCAUCCACGAGAUGAGUGGAUUGGACAUAUAUGAAGGUCUCCAGUUGUUCAGUUGGCAUGCCUUUCUCAGAGCAUCGCCACAUCCCAGUUUCGAAGAUCUGUCCAAAGGAAUAGUGGAAGUCUGUAGGGGGCAUCCUCUUUCAUUGGAAGUAAUUGGAUCCUUCUUGUAUGAUAAGCAGGAUAACAGAGGUUGCUGGGAUGAAGCUCUCCGCAACAUAACUUCCAAUCCAGACAUUUAUGACAGACUCUACAUCAGCUAUAGCGCUCUUAGUGAUGAUGAAAAAGAGAUAUUUGUUGACAUUGCUUGCUUUUUCAUUGGAGAGCUGCAACAAUAUCCCUUUAUUUUCUGGAAAUCUUUGUAUGAUAUGGUAGAGACUGCCAUAUGUAAUCUUUCAAUGAAGUUACUGAUAAAGAUUGAUGAUGAAGGUGGAUUUGAUAUGCAUGACCACUUGAGAGACAUGGGGCGCACAAUUGCUGAAAGAGGAAAAAAGGGUACCCGGCUAUGGGGAGCUUCCCGCGACUCGAGCAUCAUACCCAACAACAUCACUCACCUUCAACUCAAGGGAGGCAAUAUGCAAAGGCUCGAAUUGCUGUACAGGCCCGGUCUUCGCUAUCUUUGUUUGCAGAAUAUGGGCAUUGGAGGCAUGACGAAAGACACACUGGCCAUGCUCCCUCCAAGUUUGAUCUGGUUAAGGCUUGAACAUUGUCAGUAUGCCGCUGGGAUGAAUAGGGUUAAAAAGAAGCCGCGUCACUCAAGAUUUGUAGGUAACAUUUGGCAAUUGAAGACACUGCAAAUAACAUUCAGCGAUGAUGUUGAAAGCCAUCAUAUCUCCUCCCUAUUUUCACUUCCUAACAUACGGUUGCAGCACUUGAAUUUGCGAUGGUGUACUAACUUGAAUAAGCUGCCUGAUACCAUUGGCAACCUCUCACAGCUGCAGAACUUGGAUUUGGAGAGGUGUACUAACUUGAAUAAGCUGCCUGAUAUCAUUGGCAACCUUUCACAGCUGCAGAACUUGGAUUUGCGGAGGUGUACUAACUUGAAUAAGCUGCCUGAUACCACUGCCAACCUCUCACAGCUGCAGAAGUUGAAUUUGGAAGGGUGUAGUAAUUUGAGUAACCUCCCUGAUACCAUUGGUAACCUCUCACAGCUGCAGAACUUGUAUUUGUUGAAGUGUACUAAUUUGAGUAACCUCGCUGAUAUCAUUGGCAACCUCUCACAGCUGCAGAACUUGUAUUUGUGGAGGUGUACUAAUUUGAGUAACCUCCCUGAUACCAUUGGCAACCUCUUACAGUUGCAGAACUUGGAUUUGGGAGUGUGUACUAAUUUGAGUAACCUCCCUGAUACCAUUGGCAACCUCUCACAGCUGCAGAACCUGGAUUUAGGAGAGUGUAUUAAUUUGAGUAACCUCCCUGAUACCAUUGGCAACCUCUCACAACUGCAGAAGUUGAAUUUGGAAGGGUGUACUAAUUUGAGUAACCUCCCUGAUACCAUUGGCAACCUCUCACAAUUGCAGAAGUUGAAUUUGGAAGGGUGUACUAAUUUGAGUAACCUCCCUGAACUGCAGAACUUGUAUUUGUGGAGGUGUACUAAUUUGAGUAACCUCCCUGAUACCAUUGACAACCUCUCACAGCUGCAGAACUUGUAUUUGUGGAGUUGUACUAAUUUGAGUAACCUCCCUGAUACCAUUGGCAACCUCUCACAGUGCAGAACUUUUUUUUUGAGAUAAUGUACUAAUUUGAGUAACUUGUCAUAGCUGCAACAACUUUAUUUAGAAUGGUGUUCAGUUGCCACCAUCGGCAACCUGUCACUAAAUCUGAAAGGCUCCAAUAAGACAUUCUUUAUC